AUCACCACUUCUGCUGAGUUCGGUUGGUUUUUCGACGUAAUCGGCCGUGAUGCCAUAGCCAUGGCUGGGCUUACGCGAAGUGUUCGUGCCCUUCAGAGCGCGACGAAAAUUUUUUUUCCUCUCGUCCAGGGCGUUAGGUCUGCUGCACACUGGAAUGAUGACUGGAAGCCUGGUCCUUAUCCUAAAACUGAGGCUGAGAGGAUAGCUGCUGCCCGCAAGUAUGGAUUGCUGCCUGAAGAUUAUGAGCCAUAUCCUGAUGAUGGAUGGGGCUAUGGUGACUACCCAAAGUUACCAAUAGUGUCUGCUGAGAGCAGAGAUCCUUAUGAGGAUUAUGAUUUCCCAGAGUAUCGGCGAAACUUUGGAGAGCCUGUGCAUGCUGAUUUUGACAUAUAUGGACUGGACCGCAUCAAGCAUGAGCACACAGAUCCUCAAACCCCACUGCAGCAGCUGGGCUUCUUUGUCUGUAUUGUGGGUGGGUGUUCCCUCAUGGCGUACCUGUGUCAUGGUACUGGCAAAUAUGAAAUGAAGCCGCCGCAAAUCCCUUACAGCGGAGAAGUUCACUACACUUUUGAGAAAGCUGAUAGCCAGUGAGAUGGGAAGUGGAUUGUAAAUAUGAAAGUAUUACACACA